UAUAAUCCACUCUUUUUGUCUCUCAUCUGUCUCUCACGCUCACUUACAUAUGGCUGGGGAAACAGUAACACAAACAAAAUGGGAAGGCAAAGCCUGUGUUGAACUAGCAAUUCCAACAGCACAAGAAGUUUGGCCUCUCGUGGAGGACUUUUGCAACCUACACAAAUGGCUCCCUAUUGUUGAUACAUGUUACCAAGUAGAUGGGAUCCUUGGCCAGCCUGGCCUGGUCCGGUACUGCGCUUCCACAAUAACAUCUUCAUUCAACAGCAACGAGGAAACGAUGACCAGGUGGGUCAAAGAGAAACUACUGAUGAUUGAUCCCAUCAGACGGUGUUUGAGGUAUGAGGUUAUUGAUAAUAACAUCGGCAUGAAGUUUUAUGUGGCGAAACUCAUAGUGUCGCCCAACGAUGAUGGCAAAAAUGGGUGCAAGAUCGAGUGGUCCUUCGUCUGUGAUCCGAUUGAAGGUUUGAGAUUUGAAGAUUUUCUCCAUAAUACUAUUGAGACUGGUCUCCAGUCAAUGGCAAAGAAAAUGGAGGAUGCCCUCCUAUCUAGCAGGUGAAAUAUGGCCCUGCAUGCUCUAUAUUUGUGUUGCUACUGUUGUUAGAUGAAUAAAUUUGUCAUGCUUCAGCAUAUAUAUAUAUAUAUAUAUAUAUAUGAUCUUUUCUCAAAAGCCAAAAUACUGAUUCAGGUAUCUUGUGAUAGUGACUAUGUAUGUGCUGGAUGUACAAAUUCCCUUCUGGUUGUAUCAACAACGAUGAGAAAUAAAUUUGCAGUGUUUAUGUAUUUGACAUGUUGUAUGAAAAAACUUAUUAUACUGUGUCGUGUUCAUCCCAUAAGUUGAAUAUUGAUUAUUAACUAUAUUCAUGA